AACAGCGACGCAUAGAGGGCGCUUUCUGCAAUUUUUCAAGUCCGUGGUCCGUGGGUUGGACCCGACUUUUCUUUUGUAGUCCGUGAGGUCCUGCACGUGUUGUGUUUAUUUAAUACAAAAGAUAUAGUUCAAAGAGCAAGUGAAGCAUGGAGUCCGCAGGUUUCAUUGCAGCUGAAACCUCCAUGCCUGCUGACAAGCUGAACAUGGUCGCUCAUGACACAGCAGCAUCUGUGAACCAGAAGACUCCCAUCAGCAUCCUUCAGGAGCUGUGUGCCCGCAACUGCCUCACUCCGGAGUACAAGCUGCUGUCUGUUGAAGGCGCAGUGCAUGCACCUACUUUCAUGUACAGGGUGCAGGUGGGUGAAGUGGUUGCCAAUGCCACUGGCCAGAGCAAGAAAAAGGCCAAACACGCUGCUGCAAGGGCUAUCCUUGAAAAGCUGCUUGCCGAUGAUGGUCCAUUUGCAAAGUACCGGGCUGCAGUCAUGGAGGACCUUCCUUCCAUGGAUCCAACAGAGACAGUGACCACAGCAGUAGGUGAGAUGGCACCAAGCAACAAUGGGCUGCCUGGCAACACACCCUUGGGAGGCACCCUCGGGGGCACGGCGUCAGCGGCAUCUGGGGCUGAGGAUGACGGCAUUGCAGGCAACCCAGUUGGGGAGCUGCAAGAGCUCUGCAUGAAGCUUCGCUGGCGGCCCCCUUUCUACGAGACCGUCAUUGAGGAUGGCCUACCCCACGAGCGCACUUUUGGCAUCUCCUGCCUUGUCAACAACCUCAAUGAAAUGGGCAAAGGCAAGUCAAAACGCCUGGCAAAACGACAGGCUGCCAAGAAAAUGAUUGAACUUAUCAAGAAUGUUCAGAAUGGCCUCCUCAACGGCGAGGAUGAUAAGUUUAACGAGUCUGGUCUCAGCUCUGGCUCUGGUGGAUUGGGACCCUGCAGCACCGUGCUCCAGGAGGCCAAGUGCUACAUGGGGCUGAAGGAGCAGAACAUCAGUGCGCUGACUCCCCGGCACAGCCAGCAGGUGGGGCAGCUGCUGCGGCAGCUGCAGGCCUCGGACGGUGCUCGGCUGACCAGCCUGCAGGGCACCUCUCUCAGCACUGCAGGGAUCGACUACGUCGGCCUCUUGCGUGAGAUCGCUGACGAGCAGAGCUUCGAGGUUACUUACGUGCCCAUAGACGAGCUCAGCCCCGAUGGCAAGCACCAGUGCCUGGUCCAGCUGACGUCACUGCCGCUGGCAGUGUGCUUUGGCACGGCCGACACGCCCGAGCAGGCGCAGGUGGCUGCAGCGCGCUGCGCACUGCAAUACCUGAAGAUCAUGACCAAGAAGUGAGGCAGGCAGGGUACCUGGCUCAGCAGCAUGCUGGUCAACCUGGAUUGAACAGAGGAGUUCUGCCACCCACACGGCAGAAAACCCUAGCAUUUUGAUGUUCAAGGUACCUUGUUCAAAGAAAACCCGUCUCUAGUCAGAUGAGCUGCACUUCGGCCUUUGGCUGUUCCCUCCUCUUCGUUCACCCGCGUCCUUAAUCCGACCUUGGGGCAGUGUUGCGUUCAUCCCGUCCCACGCGUGUGGGGCAGGGCCUAUAUGCAAAGCCAAGCCUGCGCAAAGGUUGACGUAGCUUUCAUGUCCGGUCGACAAGGAGGCAAGUUGCUGCAGGCUGGCCUAUGACGUCUUCCCAUUUUUUUAUCGGCUUCUACCUCUAGCCAAUUGCAUUUUUGCACAUCUCUCUCAGUAACAGCUCUCUCAGCAGCCAAGGCAUACUUUAUUUUGUUCCCUUAGUUUUACCUUUGGACUGUUUGCACUAAUAUUAGGACUUCAGGUAGAUGGCUUAGCUGAUCCAGGUGGUUUGUGAUUGAUGCAUUCUUCAGAUCUGUGCUGAAGUGCAGUUUACUCUUGCUUGUUCCAAGAAUGGCAGGAGAGGUGCAAUCAGAGUAGCUUUCUCAUUAAAUGAGAUCUGCGGCUGCGCUUUUUCUCAUUUUUAUUUGUUUGUUGCUCGAUCAAGGGUGUUUGCUCCUGCUUCAAAGAGCUGGAACAAAAUGUUAUUGUGGAGGGCAAACACUGAAAAGUUUGGGGCCUCUGGACAUUUUUGGAGAGAGUCUAGUGCGUUUUUCGACACAAAAGACCUUUUUUAAAAGUGUAAAAGACGUGUAAAUCCUGGCUCACUUGGCCAGUCACUAAACUGUGCUGGCAAGUGUUGCAUGACAUACACAUGAAAAAAAGAAAAGCCUUCUCGAGUGAUUUUGAUCGUGCAGUUAACAGCAAAAUUGCCAUUCUACAGUGCACUGACUUGACUAAGCUAGACUCCACUGUUUGUCAGUGGGAAAGUGCAGCACCAUAGUUGACUGCAUGAAGGGGGAUAAAUCCCUCUGCUUGUUUUAUUUACUAAAUGAUGAAGUUCCACAAUCUUUGCAUCCAGGCUGUGACGAAUUGCAUGAGCAUUGCAGGAACAAAUGCCUGUUUGAGACACGCAUUUGAUGAGUUUGAUGCAGUGGCAUUGCACUGCGAUCUUUCGGGAGUGGACUCCUGCAGUGAAACAUCCACAGAUUUUUCAGUGGCGUCUUGCUGUAGCUACGUUCAACUUGUUCAGCAGGUAAUGCACCUGCGUAGCUCACGCAGUCUUUUAUAAUUGUGAAGAAUAACUUUGCUAUGCUCUGCUCUGCAAGAGAGAGAGAGAGAGAAAAAUGUGUUUUUGUGACACUUAUACGUUACCCGUGCGGAAACUGUUGCCAGAAGCGCUUUUUCUUCUUCUUGAACGGACGCUACAAAAGGAGGGAUGAAGAGCGUGGCCUGUUUUUUAACACUAAGCAAAGAGCCAAAAUUGUGAACGAAGAUGGGGGAACAGCCAGCAACUCUAGCUGCAGAAAGCAUUUUCUCUCACAUUCCGAGGAACUGACACGAAUCGGGCAUCCAACGAUCUGAAAGUCUGGAGAUUGGGAGGGAGGACAGCCACACCAUUGUCUUUAAUAUAAAAAUAUGUUCUUGAAUGGAAAAAAAAAAUUCAGUCCUUUUUUUUUUUUUUUCUUCCUGAAGCAGGUGUUGUAAAUCUGUAAUCAGAGUAGUGCUUGUAAAGUCCCUUUAUUGUUCUCACAAGCAUUUUGGGGCAAGAUCUUAAUCUAGCAAUUUUUUUUAAGACGUUUUUUUUUAUUUAUUUAUUUAUCAUUAUUAUUUUUUCUAAGCACUGGUUGAAGGUUAGAUGCUACAGUUUUGAACUGCAUGCUGCAUUCUGGGCAUCAAGAAUAAAUAGGGGUGUAUGCAGUUAUAGAAACGCACCUUAAAGACUUGGAAUCUCCCUUGGUAUUUUUGCACCAUCCCGUUGUUUCCUUUUUUUUUUUCACUCUUUUUUUCCCCCCUGUAGUCUAGUGCAGGCAUUUUGCCACAAUUGUGACUACAUAAGAUUGCUUUUGCAAGUUAUCUAUGGUUGCUGGUGUGUGACGAUAAAUAGGAUGGGACUUCAGGCUGGCAAGGAGGGAAUGAAUAUUAACCAAUCAUGUAGGUGGGAAUUUUUCUCUUAACUAUCGAGCAUUAGGCUAGCUUUUUUCCCAAUUUCCAACCUUUCAUCUGCGAGUGACAAAAUAAACGGUAAUCAACAAUA